CUGCCGCUCGUUUUCUUUCGCCGCAUGUUAGCCGACUUGGGUCGCAUAGCGAGCGCCCGCCCGUCCUUUCACUCCACCCCGGCCCGGAGCCUCAACGUCAUACCUGGUGGGCCAAUACAUGCACAAAACCCACACCCACUGCGCGUUCGUGUGAAUCUCCUCUCUUGCUCGUCAUUCUUAACCUUGCGGGCCCCAAUCGCUGCCUGAGCACUUCUCUCAACCCAUAUUCUUUCUCUUCGGGGUUCAGUUUCGUGCGCUGAACCGUCCAGAACUUGGCCCUAUGCCUUUCCACCUUUCAGUUCCGUAAAAUCCACCUCCAUACCGCGUUCCUGCACACACACACACACUCACUCACACCCUCCCAAGCUGCCCACAAACACACUCGCGCCUACAUAUACAUAUACAUAUACGCCUAUACACCGGCGCGGCCUGUUCGCUGACCCAAUUGGCCCUCACCACAAUCACUUUCUUUGGUCCGGAAUAGCCACUGAUCGCUUUCGGGGCCGAGUCGCCCGUUUCCUAUUCAUUUGCUACACGCAGAUCGUUACCUCUAAUUGAGGGAGGGGCGUCCACUCCCCGCUGCCCAUCAUGACCACACCGGUCGACGAGAAGACGCAGCCGAACUAUCCAGUCCACGAUGCCGGUGGCCCAUCCGUAAAUAGUAAACAUGAGAAGUCGUCCGAAGACGAAGGCACCGUCGUUGGCGACGGAUCGCUCAGAAAUGAAUCACCUGGACGCGUCCAUCGCCUGGGUAGCCACCUCACCGUCGAACCCGUACACGAUAUGGAUGCCGAGAAUAUGAAGAGCAUACAGUCGCCCAGUCGUACUCGCGCCGAAGAGACGCAGCUGACCGACGAGUUGCAGCUGCUGCAAAUCGAGCAGCAGGUCUCAAACGAGAACCACGAGCUGAGUGCCUCCAAGAGCCUGCGACGGUCGCGGUCGCGCAGGCCCGAGCCCGUCGACGAGUUCGACGCUGCCACCAAUCCGCUGCAUGAGAAGACGCAGAUUUACAAGCCGCCCGAGAAGCCAAAUACAAGCAUCGGCAAGAUCUUCAAGCGCAUCCACGAGUCGAGCGUGAUUGUCCGUUGGGCCUUCUACAUCACCCCCGUUACUGGCAUCCUGCUCAUUCCCUUACUUGUAGGCGCCCUCAAGUUCAAGACCGCCAACGUCGGCGGCGUCAAGCUCAUCUGGUUCAGCAUCUGGCUCGAGAUCGUCUGGCUCACCUUGUGGGCCGGCCGUCUGCUCUCAAAGUGUCUGCCCUGGCCCAUUGGCCUCAUCUCCGGCAUCUUCACAAACAACAGCAAGAAGUGGCGCGAUAUGGCCAAGCAGCUCGAGCUGCCCGCUACGUUGUUCUUCUGGUGGCUGGCCAUCGAGAUCUCCUUUCUGCCCACCAUGAUCAAUCACCACAUCGACGGCGACAAAACCGUCAAAAGCUGGGAAAGGACUACCAACAAGGUCUGGGUCGCCUUUCUCGUCGCCGCCGUGCUCAACUUUGUUGAGAAGAUAAUCAUCCAGCUCAUCGCCAUCUCGUUCCACCUGCGCCAGUACGCCGACCGGAUCGAUCUCAACAAGUUCCAGAUCGCGUCCCUCACGAAGUUGUACAAGUACUCCAAGGAGAAGAUUGCCAUGGAGGAUCGUGAAUUCGAGCCGCCGUCGGCCGGCCCAGGCUCAGGAGCGCGCACGCCCGGAGCCCUGGUCUCCGCCGCGCAAAAGAACACCAAGGAGGCUCUCAACAAGUUUGGCGACGUUGCCGGCAAGAUCGCCGGCGACUUUACCGGCCGGCAGGUCGCCAAGAGCACUCACCCUCAUCAAGUUGUCCUAACCUUGCUGUCCACCACCACAGGAAGCCAGGUCUUGGCACGCCGUCUGUACCGCACUUUCUAUCGCGAGGAGACCGAGACCGUGCUCGCUGAUGAUCUUCGCAACGCCUUCGACAAUGAUGAGGAGGCCGACGCCGCCUUCACCAUGUUCGAUAAGGACAUGAAUGGUGACAUAUCGAUGGAGGAGCUCGAAGCUGUCUGCGUUGAGAUAGGACGUGAACGAAAGGCCAUCACCGCCUCCCUCAAGGAUCUCGACUCGGUCGUCGGCCGUCUUGAUGACGUCUUCAUGUUCAUCGUCUUCAUCAUUGCCGUCCUGGUCCUCAUCUCGCUCAUAUCCACCUCAGCCGCUGGCGUACUUACGUCCGCCGGCUCCACCGUCCUGGCUCUUUCCUGGCUCUUCUCCGCGACUGCGCAGGAGCUGCUCCAGUCCAUCAUCUUCGUCUUCGUCAAGCAUCCAUUCGACGUUGGCGACCGCGUCGGCAUCUACGGCAACACGGGCUCGCAGCUGAAGGGCGACGACUACUUUGUCAAGAAGAUAUCAUUGUUAUACACCGAGUUCAAGAAGAUGGAGGGCCACAUCGUGCAGGCGCCCAACAGCUAUCUCAACACGCUCUUCAUCCUCAAUCAGCGUCGCUCGGGCGGCCUGGCCGAGGCCGUGCCCAUCGUCAUCAAGUUCGGCACUACGCUCGAGCAGAUCGAAGGUCUCCGCAACAAGCUGCUCGAGUUCGUCCGUGCCGAGAAGCGCGAGUACCAGGGCAACAUUCUCACGGAGCUGCGCGACGUCACCGAGGCGCACUCUCUUACGCUCAACGUCGUCUUUUUUUACAAGUCAAAUUGGCAAAACGAAUUGCUUCGUUUGCAGCGCCGGAACAAGUUCAUUUGCGCCCUCAUGGUGUCCAUGCAGGAAUUGGGUAUUGAAGGCCCACGCAUGCGCUUCCCCGGCCAGAAACAGUCCUUCCCCAUCUACAUGUCCAACAUUCCGCACAUCAACGUCCCCGGCACAGGCCACGGUGGUACCCCGGACAACCCUCAAGGUUACACGAACGACGGUCCAAUCGACCCGCCGUUUGUCGAGAGCCUGGAUCAAUCGGUCGAGCGUACACAGUCGCACGGCACUCACCAACCGCCGUUUUCCACAUCUCGUCCACGUGGUGGCUCCAUCUUGAAAGAUCCUCUGCACCCUCACACGCGACCGCGAGGCGAGUCCCUCGCGGCCAUGUCCCGCCGAGUCGACUUCUCGCUGGGUAUGAAGGACGUGGCUGCUGCCGACAUGGCAGGCGACGUUUUCGAAGACGACGAACGUUCCCGCGAGCGACAGCGUGCAGUCAUCAACGUCACGUCUCCCUCGCGCGAACGCAGCUCAACCGAGCGCGUCCGCGGCUCCAACGACAUUGGCCGCUCAACAUCUAUCAGCAGUGGUCAGAGCGCCCCAGGCCAGCGGCUCCAGCACCGCAGCACGGAUUUGAACGAGGACGGCAGUCGCACACGUAGCAUCCACAGAAACCGUUUCUUCGGCCGCAGUCGGAACGGUGAUGGGGACGUUGAAGCCGGUAUGGCCGACAUACCUGAAAACGGCCGCCUCGACUCAAGAACGGGCAUCGUCAGCCCGCAGGCGUGGCGGCCAAGUUUAGACAGCAUGCGUGAGAAGGCCGACGAGCACGGGUCCAUUGCAGAGGCUCUGAGAAACGUCCCGUCAAAUCAGAGCACCAGCCCUAGACGGCUCUAGUCGGACCCCUCGCUUCUCACUUCCAACCUCUACUCUUCUUUUUCCGCCUUUCCUUUAUUUUUUUUCCACUUAUAGACUUCAUACAUGAGUUUCAGGGACUAAUUAGACUUUUUUGUAUGCUCGGACUGGUUCGACACAGCGACGAAAGUGCUUCUGUCUGUGCGUACGGCGAGCUAUGGAUCUUGUGAAUGUGCGAGAUGUGCUAUUUCCCAAUUCAAUCACUCCUUUACUUCUGUCAUCUAAAUGAAAGCAGGAUACUUCUUGGAUUUCGAAGUGCCCAUAUGCCUUUCCUUGAUUUUAUUAGAUGCAGCUAAAAGCGCUUUUGAACGCGCAAAAAAAAAAAAAAAAUUGUUGGACUGAGCUGUUAAGCUCCUCAUUUUUAUCUUAGACGUAGAAGAACGAAGGCCCAAGCAGUCUUUGCAAUUAUAAAGAAAAAUUUGAUUGGCUUUGCGAAGAUACGCC